GCAGUCAGGGACAGAAAGGAGGCUGUUCCUUUGAUGAACACUACAGCAACUGUGGUUACAGCGUGGCCCUGGGGACCAAUGGGUUCACCUGGGAGCAGAUUAACACCUGGGAGAAGCCGAUGCUGGACCCGGCCGUACCCACAGGGUCCUUCAUGAUGGUGAACAGCUCUGGGAGGGCCUCUGGCCAGAAAGCCCACCUUCUCCUGCCCACCCUGAAAGAAAACGACACCCACUGCAUCGAUUUCCAUUACUAUUUCUCCAGUCGUGACCGCUCCAGCCCUGGGGCCUUGAACGUCUACGUGAAAGUGAACGGUGGGCCCCAGGGAAACCCAGUAUGGAACGUAUCCGGGGUCGUCACCGAGGGCUGGGUGAAGGCAGAGCUCGCCAUCAGCACCUUCUGGCCACAUUUCUAUCAGGUGAUAUUUGAAUCCGUCUCUUUGAAGGGUCAUCCUGGGUACAUCGCGGUGGACGAGGUCCGGGUCCUUGCUCAUCCAUGCAGAAAAGCGCCUCAUUUCCUACGACUCCAAAACGUUGAGGUGAAUGUGGGACAGAAUGCCACAUUUCAGUGCAUCGCCGGAGGGAAGUGGUCUCAGCAUGACAAACUGUGGCUCCAGCAAUGGAAUGGCAGAGACACGGCUCUGAUGGUCACUCGUGUGGUCAACCACAGACGCUUCUCAGCCACAGUCAGUGUGGCAGACACUGCCCAGCGCAGCAUCAGCAAAUACCGCUGUGUGAUCCGCUCAGAUGGGGGGUCUGGCGUGUCCAACUACGCAGAGCUGAUUGUGAAAGAGCCCCCCACGCCCAUUGCCCCCCCAGAGCUGCUGGCUGUGGGGGCCACCUACCUGUGGAUCAAGCCGAAUGCCAAUUCCAUCAUCGGGGAUGGCCCCAUCAUCUUGAAGGAGGUGGAGUACCGCACCACCACGGGCACCUGGGCUGAGACCCACAUCGUUGACUCUCCCAACUAUAAGCUGUGGCACCUGGACCCCGACGUGGAAUAUGAGAUCCGGGUGCUCCUCACACGGCCUGGCGAAGGGGGCACAGGACCUCCAGGGCCUCCUCUUACCACCAGGACCAAGUGUGCAGACCCUGUGCAUGGCCCACAGAAUGUAGAGAUCGUGGACAUCCGAGCCCGGCAGCUGACCCUGCAGUGGGAACCCUUUGGCUAUGCUGUGACUCGUUGCCACAGCUACAACCUGACUGUGCAGUACCAGUACGUGUUCAACCAGCAGCAGUAUGAGGCCGAGGAGGUCAUCCAGACCUCCUCCCACUACACCCUACGGGGUCUGCGGCCCUUCAUGACCAUCCGGCUGCGGCUCCUGCUGUCCAACCCUGAGGGCCGAAUGGAGAGUGAGGAGCUGGUGGUGCAGACGGAGGAGGAUGUUCCAGGAGCUGUUCCUCUUGAAUCCAUCCAAGGGGGACCCUUUGAAGAGAAGAUCUACAUCCAGUGGAAACCUCCCAAUGAGACCAAUGGAGUUAUCACACUCUAUGAGAUCAACUACAAGGCUGUGGGCUCACUGGACCCAACUGCUGAUUUAUCCAGCCAGAGGGGCAAAGUAUUCAAACUCCGGAAUGAAACCCACCACCUCUUUGUGGGUCUCUACCCAGGGACCACCUACUCCUUUACCAUCAAGGCCAGCACAGCCAAGGGCUUUGGACCUCCAGUCACUACUCGGAUUGCCACCAAGAUUUCAGCUCCGUCGAUGCCCGAAUAUGAUACCGACAGCCCGCUGAACGAAACGGACACCACCAUCACUGUGAUGCUGAAACCCGCCCAGUCCCGGGGAGCCCCUGUCAGUGUUUAUCAGCUAGUUGUCAAAGAGGAGCGACUUCAGAAGUCCCGGAGGGCAGCUGACAUCGUUGAGUGCUUCUCAGUACCCGUGAGCUACAGGAAUGCCUCCAACCUUGACUCUCUGCACUACUUCGCUGCUGAGCUAAAGCCUGCCAACCUUCCUGUCACCCAGCCCUUUACAGUGGGUGACAAUAAGACCUACAAUGGCUACUGGAACCCUCCCCUCUCCCCGCUGAAAAGCUACAGCAUCUACUUCCAGGCACUCAGCAAAGCAAAUGGAGAGACCAAAAUCAACUGUGUUCGUCUGGCUACAAAAGGCGCCUCCACCCAGAAUUCCAACACGGUGGAGCCGGAGAAGCAGGUGGACAACACUGUGAAGAUGGCCGGCGUGAUCGCUGGCCUCCUCAUGUUCAUCAUCAUUCUCCUGGGGGUGAUGCUCACCAUCAAAAGGAGAAGAAAUGCAUAUUCCUACUCCUAUUACUUGAAGCUGGCCAAGAAACAGAAGGAGACACAGAGUGGAGCCCAGAGGGAGAUGGGACCUGUGGCCUCAGCUGACAAACCCAACACCAAGCUCAGUGCCAACCGCAAUGACGAAGGCUUCUCCUCUAGUUCUCAGGACGUUAAUGGAUUCACAGAUGGCAGCCGUGGCGAGCUAUCUCAGCCCACCCUCACCAUCCAGACUCACCCCUACCGAACCUGCGACCCCGUGGAGAUGAGCUAUCCCCGCGACCAGUUCCAGCCUGCCAUCCGGGUGGCCGACCUCCUGCAGCACAUCACGCAGAUGAAGAGAGGCCAGGGCUAUGGGUUCAAGGAGGAAUAUGAGAAAGAGCUCUCUGAUUACAGUGGAGGAUGGAUUGGAGGGACCAAAACCAGAGCAAGAGAAACGAAAGAGGAGACUCAUGGGAAAGUAUUACUCCAGGCCUUACCAGAGGGCCAGACAGCUUCAUGGGACACAGCCAAGGAAGACGAAAACCGCAAUAAGAAUCGAUACGGGAACAUCAUAUCAUAUGACCAUUCCCGAGUGAGGCUUCUGGUGCUGGAUGGAGAUCCACAUUCUGACUAUAUCAACGCCAACUACAUUGAUGGGUACCAUCGACCCCGGCACUACAUCGCCACCCAAGGCCCCAUGCAGGAGACAGUGAAAGACUUUUGGAGAAUGAUCUGGCAAGAGAACUCGGCCAGCAUCGUCAUGGUCACAAACCUCGUGGAGGUGGGCAGGCACCCAGCGGAACACACUGUGGGAAAUGCCACGCUAAGCCGUGCGGCGUCCCCCGGAAUGGUGAAGUGUGUCCGAUACUGGCCAGAUGACACAGAAAUCUACGGAGACAUUAAAGUCACCCUGAUCGAGACAGAGCCCCUGGCAGAAUACGUCAUCCGCACCUUCACUGUCCAGAAGAAAGGCUACCAUGAAAUCCGGGAGCUCCGCCUCUUCCAUUUCACCAGCUGGCCUGACCACGGCGUCCCCUGCUAUGCCACCGGCCUGCUAGGCUUCGUCCGCCAAGUCAAGUUCCUCAACCCCCCGGAAGCGGGGCCCAUUGUGGUCCACUGCAGUGCUGGAGCUGGGAGGACAGGCUGCUUCAUCGCCAUUGACACCAUGCUCGACAUGGCUGAGAACGAAGGGGUGGUGGACAUCUUCAACUGUGUGCGUGAGCUCCGGGCACAGAGAGUCAACCUGGUACAGACAGAGGAGCAGUACGUGUUUGUACAUGAUGCCAUUCUGGAAGCGUGCCUCUGUGGCAACACUGCCAUCCCUGUGUGCGAGUUCCGCUCUCUGUACUAUAACAUCAGCAGGCUGGACCCUCAGACAAACUCCAGUCAGAUCAAAGAUGAGUUUCAGACACUCAACAUCGUCACCCCUCGUGUCCGACCUGAGGACUGCAGCAUUGGCCUCCUGCCCCGGAACCAUGAUAAGAACCGGAACAUGGAUGUGCUGCCCCUGGACCGCUGCUUGCCUUUCCUCAUCUCAGUGGAUGGAGAGUCCAGCAACUACAUCAAUGCCGCACUGAUGGAUAGCCACAAGCAACCUGCUGCUUUUGUGGUCACCCAGCACCCUCUACCCAACACUGUGGCGGACUUCUGGAGGCUGGUCUUCGAUUAUAACUGCUCCUCCGUGGUGAUGUUGAAUGAGAUGGACACUGCCCAGCUCUGUAUGCAAUACUGGCCCGAGAAGACAUCCGGUUGCUACGGGCCCAUCCAGGUGGAGUUCGUCUCCGCAGACAUCGAUGAGGACAUCAUCCAUAGAAUAUUCCGCAUUUGUAACAUGGCUCGGCCACAGGAUGGCUAUCGUAUAGUCCAGCACCUCCAGUACAUUGGCUGGCCCGCCUACCGGGACACCCCUCCAUCCAAGCGCUCUCUGCUCAAAGCAGUCCGGCGUCUGGAGAAGUGGCAGGAGCAGUACGAUGGGAGGGAGGGACGCACUGUGGUCCACUGCCUAAAUGGGGGAGGCCGCAGUGGGACAUUCUGUGCCAUCUGCAGCGUGUGUGAGAUGAUCCAGCAGCAAAACAUCAUCGACGUGUUCCACAUCGUGAAAACCCUGAGGAACAACAAAUCCAACAUGGUGGAGAGCCUGGAACAGUAUAAAUUUGUAUACGAGGUGGCACUGGAAUAUUUAAGCUCCUUUUAGCCCAGUGGAAUGAAGGAACUUGCUGGAAUCCAGAGACUGCUGCAGCCUGAUCCCCUUUAUGACAGUGACUGGGCUCGGGGGUACACGGGUGAAUCCUCUGCCUAACACCAAGGAGAGAGAAGACUGGGGCCCCAUGUUCCAUGGAGAGCUCCACACCUUCUGGAGGGUUCCCUGCAAGUGUAGGAGAUACUGCUCUGGUGGGCCUAGGCUUCCCUUCUCUACCUGACCAGCCACGGCCUCGGGCCCAACCAAAAGUGCACACUCAAGCAAGGCCGGAGACUUCCAGUUCUCAGACCUCUUGCUUUCCUUCUUUCCAGAGUUUGUGGAUCUUGUGGCAAACUGACUGUGCAGGUGCUGGGGAGCUGGAGGCUGGCCAGCACAUUCCUUCUCUUAUGUGUGUUGGGGAUGUGGGUUCUAGUCCUCCAUGUUCUCAUGGUAAAGACCAGGGCAUUUGGAAGUCACUUCUCUGUUGCCCCCCUUCUAAAUUUCUUCAGAGGCCUCUACCACUGGACAGAUGCCAGUCUAGAUCAGUGUGACCUCAGGAUGCCCUGUAAACCACAGAAGAUGCCCUCUCCAUUCUCACACCAAACUGCAUGGGGCUUGGCCCACUACCAUCUUCUCUUCCUUCCCCAACCCAGGCCUUGAGCUUGUGUUAUCCACUGGCCAGCCAGCUAUAUCCACAAAACACUUUGCUAAAAGAUGUUCUUUGCUAUUUUUAUGGUCUGUGGAAAGGUGUGGAACUCUAAGGAAUGCUGUUGUUCCUCCUCAUCUUUGUAAAAAGGGGCUACCCCCUGAGGGCAAGACUCUGGCUGGCUUGUCUGUAACCCCUGUGUCUCCCAGGUGGAAGUUCCUUUAGGGAGGAAUGAACAGUGAUUACUUUUCCUGGUGUACAUGAAGAGAAACUUUUUUUUGAGGGCAUAAAAUCUUAGUCGUUUAUGUUAAAAGGUAGGAUAGGAGUUGGAAUGUGUAGCUCCAAGACAAAUCUCUUGUGCCUGUUCUUUUUUUUUUCCUGGCCACAUCCUUGAAGAGUUCUACCAUGAGGAUUUACACAGCUACAGAACAAAGGAGAGAAGAUGGGCUAGUUUGAGAUGACCCCUGGUUUCUGUGGGUAGAUAGAGCUCUAGCUCCAUGCAUAAUUUCUGUCUCCAAUUUCCAAUGCCUUCCUAGAGAAAUACAGCUGCCAUCUUGAAAAAAGUUAUUGAAGACUCAGUCAACCUUUGGCUCUAAGUGAGCCAAUGGAAUUAGGCCUGAGGCUCACCCAAAGUGUGAGUAAGUUAAAGAAGGAAGCCAACAUUUGCUAAGCAUCUACUGGAUUCCAGGUGUCAUGCUUGGCACCUUCCAUAGCACCUCCCAUCGUCCUUAGUACCCCAGCAAGGUACUAUUGUCAUCUUCAUUCUGCAGCCAAGGAAAUCAAAGCAUCCUGCUGUCCUGCGUUCCAAAAAGAAAAACGAUAAUGGCCACGAAAAUUCUCUCUACAAUUUUCUUCAGACUUUCUCAGCCAAGCAAUUGCUUUAUGGAGGAAAAAUAAGGCUAGAAACUUCUGAGCAGAGAACUCCAUGAGUAGAAAUUUAAUUCUUUUUUUCUCCCUCUGAUGCCAGUUCUUCUGGGAAGCGCUGAAUUUCAGAUAUAUUUUAGUAACUUGUUCCUGGCUUCCCAGGAAAGCUAGUUUUAUCUAAUUUCUUCCUUGGUGAAAACAAUUCUCUUAUUCCCUCAGGCUAUGAAUGAGCCAGCCAGGGAUCGUUCUCUCUACCUUGGUCUCUAGCUAGUAUUUAGGUACAAUAUCUGAUAGCCUUAGGUGGCCUGAGAUCUAGGAAGCUCCAUCUUGCAGGCUGGUAUUGCCCUGAACAGGAUAGCAGGGGCAUGGAAUUCAAUAAUGUAUAGGUUUUGCCCACAAGGGCUCAGUCUAUGCCAAGAAAUGGAACUAUAGUGCAAUAAUAAUGGAACCUACCAGUGUUCUCUAAGCCUAGGCACAAGAGAGAUUCAUCUUUGCCUGGGGCUUCCUGAGCAACCUGGGUUCCCACUGAGUCUCAGCAGGAAGGCAAAGGAAGAAAAUGAACUGCAAGCCAAAGUAUCUGCAUGUACAAUGCCAGUGAAGCAUAAGACAAAGUAUCAGGAAGGUCAUAGGUGGGAGGAGAGCCUGGCUAGAAUGUCACUGAACAGGGGUAGUGACAAGCGGUAAGCCAGGGCCAGGGAACAGGGGCCCCACAGAGGGUACAGAUGCUGCCCUGCAGACAGCACCUCUUCAGUGAUGCGUUCAGCUUAUUGCUGGAGAAGGCUCCCCGUGGACCAAUGGGGGUGCUUCUUUUACCUUUCAUCAGACACUGUGAAACCAUCCCCUUAAGCGUGUCCUUUAUAAUAUCAUAUGUAUUUUGUCUGUCUGAAAAUUAUUUUGUUGCUGGAACAAAAUAUGCAGUGGAUCAUGAGACUCAGCUCCUAGGAGAAACCCAGGGUCUCUGCUUGCCUAUAGAUCAGGUUCAGCAAUCCAUGCCUUUAAGCCUACUAGGAGAGGACAUGAAAGGCACCCCAGGAAGCUGCUUCCAUUGGCAUAGAGCUGUCUAGAAGUCUAAGGACAACAGACUUGAUCAAGGAAGGCUGACACUUUGGAGAUUCAAAAGGAAACAUCUCAAAGCAAAGGCAGGCAAAGGAACUCCAGAAUUAACUUGCUCUUCUCCUUUGAAGGGUUGGUCCCUACAGCAUAGCACCCACUGGCCUUCCUGGUCACCCUUGGCUCCACUCCCUGUCCUGUGAUGGCCCUUCCCAGCCUCAAGGAACCUGUAGUGUGAUUAUAGCAUGUUGCAUGCUAGUUCCCCAGCUCUUAGCUCAUCCAAACGGGGAAGGGAGAGGAAAGGCUACCUAACCCAAGUCUCAGGAUUUAUCCUGCUUGGUAAAGGGUGCAAUCGCUGGCAGAUAAAAAUUGACAGUGGUUUGUAUCAUUUCAAAUGGAGGAACUUUAAAGAGGGACUUCAAGACAUAGAAAUUCUGGCCAUGGCAGGGUAACCCAACAUGAGCCAGCUCAUCCCUCAUUUUCUCACAACCCAAGCACCCUCCAAAGAAGGGGUAGUAAACUGCUGUUGGGCAAGUAUAGGCAAGGAAACCGAGGCUCCCAAAUGGAGAUGAUUUCUCCAGGAUCUCCCUUAGGACAUACAUGGCAGGACUUAGGUAAGAUGAAGUAACUGUGCACUGGAAUUUAGACUCAAUCCUUUGUCCAGAAAAUCUCCCAAACAAAUACAACCUCCCUAGGGCAUGUCCUCGCCUCACCCCGGUUACUAGGCUCCGCCUUUUAUAAGCAGAGGACAAUAAUGCUCUUGGUCUCUGUGGCCAAAGCUAGAUUCAGCUCAUAGGUGCCAAAGAGUGCCACUGCUUUGUUAGCAAAGGUCUCUCUAUGGUUUCCACCCCUAGACAUGGACUCUGUUUGGAAAAGAUAGAUGGAAUUAAAUAACAAGCUAGGUAUUAUCCCCACCUACAUGUGUGGAUGACCUAGACAGCUUCAGGAUAUAUCUCAGCUGCAUCCUAUUUUAUGUCCUGUCGUCUCUUUUGGUGUGAAGAUUAUGGACAGCCCAGAGCCUCUGGGCCUCUAGCUAGCAGGCCUCCAUUUGUGGGGAUAGAAGGGGCCAGCUUAUUGUGGGUAUGGCCUGAGCCAUGGCCCAUCAUAUGUCACCUAUCCCAUGGACCAGUAGACCCUAAACAGGGGAAUCAUGACAUCUGAGUUUACCUCUUCUUACAAUCCUAAGGAAUAUCUGUGAUUAUCACUAGCGCCAUUUUACUGAGGAGGAAACAGUCUUCAGAGGAAGAAAUCUCUUGGCCAGAGUGCCAUAGCUAAUGAAUGAACAAGCCAGAACCUACCUGGUUUUUCUGAACCACAGAUACAAUCUUUUCCCACCAUCGUAUCAUUGUCUUUGCCAUAGAAUUACGCAGAAUAUCAGUGACUAGAGUAAAACAAGUCAUUCAAUAGAGCUUGGUAAAGCCCCAAGCAGACAACAGACAGCAUUAAAUUCCUUCAGUCUCAUGUUUGACUUUAACAAUUCUUGAUGUAUUUAUCACAUUCUACUUCCUAAUUUAUCCUGAUUAGUUUUCAUAUGCUUCUAUAAAUAUAUUUUUUAAAUAUGUUCCCUAUACCUCAUGUGGCUUUUGAUUUGUUCAGCCUACACUAAUGGACCCUAGAGAAUGAAAGCACAAUGAGCCAGUGAGGCUGCUUCUGCCUGAGGCAGUCAGUACUAGACUCAAGUUUGAGACCAGCUCACCCUCCCCUGGGCAGGGUACAUUGACCUUACUCUGUCUGGUUUGACUUCAACUAAAGUCUCUUCCAG